AUGUCGAGCUUUCAAUAUCGCGUUAUUCCGGCACUGCUGGUUAUUCUAUUUAUAUCACACGCACGUGCAUUCGUCACGCGCAUCGAACAGUGCGAGCCAAUCGAAAUCCCCCGCUGUCGCGCCAUGCCGUACAAUAUGACCCAGAUGCCCAAUCUCAUGCACCACAACACGCAGGAAAACGCGCGUCUCGUCUUCGAGAAAUUCGAAAUCCUCCUGGACCAAAAGUGCAGUGACGUCCUGCUCUUCCUCCUCUGCUCCAUCUACGUCCCCAUCUGCGCCGUCUCCCUCCAGCCGGACGCCAUCCCGCCCUGCCGGAGCGUCUGCGAGAAGGCACGCGCAGGGUGUGAGCCACUCAUGAACUCCUUCAAUGUGUCCUGGCCGGAUUCUUUGGACUGCGCGCGGCUCCCGCGGUAUGAGCGCGGGGUCUGCGUCACGCCGGAAGCUUUCGUCAAACCUACACCGAAAAAGAAGAGCUGUAAAGCUUGUAAAAAGAAAAAGCCAUCCUGGCCAUUGUUGAGAAAAAACAAGUAUGAUUACGCUAUUAGAAUCCUGGUCCUGAAAGCCAAAAGGUCCACCAACCAGGAGAUGAUCUAUCGGGUCAAAAUACUCCACGUCAUCUUCGGCGGCAAUGUCCGGUUUCCGGCCAACAACGAGGUCACGGUCUGGGUCAACUCGACCUGCUCGUGUCCGAAGCUGCACCGGGGUAAAGAGUAUCUUGUCCUGGACCAUCAACACGGGAUGGCCAGUAAACUGUUGCUGACCAAAAUGGCGACGGUGACGAAGUGGAAAGAUUCAAUGGCUGCAAAUAUCAAAGAUUGGCAGGCCAGACUAAGCAUCAAAGACGACCCCAACAAGAAGAAAAACAAAAACAAGGGCGGGAAGAAACGAAACAAAGCGGAGGCAACCGUCAGCUCAAGCAAGAAAAUUGCACAAGACAAAUCCCCGGCGAAACCCGAGCCUAGCCGGUACCUUGAACAAUCGCCUUUCGCCAAUGUGUCAGAUUUUCUCGACGGCUACACCCACGGUGGCAGAUAUUACACAAAAGAGUUGGCCAAAAAGUACAGCCAGGCUUUAUUGCGAGCAGCCAAACUUUGAAAUUAAUUUCAGUUUGAAUCACGAUUUGGACUCUUAAAAUUCCAAACACUUUAAAUGGUUUAUUUAGCAUAGCUUUGAAAUUACUUUCAGUUUA